AUGGCAUCGUUCUCGUACAACGAGGGUGACCACACGGUGACUUUCGGUCCGGGAAAUCUCCUCGGCAACAUCUCCGAGAAGCUUCUACCUCUCAAGCGGGUUAUGGCAUACGGUGAAGUAGCCGUCAUCGGCACGGGUGGCCACUUGACCAUUGGAGGUCUCGGAACGCUCAGUCGCCAGCUGGGCGUCGGAGCUGAUCAAAUCGUGUCAGCGCAAUGUGUGCUCGCAAACGGCACCGCAGUGACAGCUAGUGCAACCACGAACCCCGACUUGUACUUCGCCAUCCGAGGCGCCGGUUUCUCUUUCGCUAUUGUCACAGAGUUCACCAUGAAGACUGCGCCCGCGCCGACCGAGAUCACCAAGUACGCGUACACCAUCGCGGCCGACGACGCAAAUGCCUUCGCAAGCACGUUCCAAAAAUGGCAGAAGUUUGGCACGCAGAAGAAUCUCGACCGCCGAUUCUCCAGCACCAUGACUCUCAGCCAGGGCUCGAUGGUCAUCAACGGCAACUUCUACGGGCCCAAGUCCGACUUCGAUAAGCUGAACGCGCAGUCUAUCCUUCCUGCUAAUACUUCAUCCGUCGUUGUGGACAUCACCGUUGGCGAGCUUCCGUUCCCAGGACUCGGCGAACCAGACCUGACAGCCAGCGGCAGCUUCCCCAUCCCCUUCUAUGCUAAGAGUGUCAAGACGCCCAGUCACAAACUGCUGUCGGACGAAGCCAUCAAAUCCAUGUUCUCCUACAUCAAUGGCACUGAGAAGGGAGCGCCCGUGUGGCUCGUCAUUUGGGAUCUCGAAGGUGGAGCCAUCGCCGAUGUGCCGCAGACCGCUACCGCAUACUGGCACCGCGACGCCGCCUACUUCAUGCAGAGUUAUGUCGUCAAUCUUGGAGGACCUGUCACCGACGCGUCCAAGACGUUCUUGUCUGGCCUUAGCAGCUUGGUGCAGAAGGAGACGUGCGAUCAAGGCGCGUACCCAGGCUACGUCGAUCCUGAACUUGCGGACCCUCAGCAGGCCUACUGGGGCGGCAAUGUGCCUCGCUUGCAGCAGAUUAAGGCGGCAGUUGAUCCUGAUAAUGUCUUCCGCAAUCCUCAGAGUGUGCCGACUCAACACCAGGCUCAACAGCGUCGUCAGGUUUUCGUAGGGUCAGCGGUACAAUCCUACGCAGCGCAGUUUGGUCUGUUGGUUUCCUGCAUUCUAUUGGCGGCGAUCUUGUAUAUUUGA